AUGAGCGCGGACGCGGAGCUGCUGUGGCCGGGGGCGGCCCUACUGCUGCUGAUGCUGGGGGCGGCGGCCGGCCUGUGUGUGCGCUGCUCCCCCCGCGCAGGUGCAAAGAGGUCCGAGAAAAUCUAUGAGCAGAGGAGCCUGCAAGAAAAUCAGCAGAACUUUGCAGUGGCCCGGACCUAUACCCUGGUCAGGGAGGCCUGGCCAGGGCCCCUGGUGGACACGGCCUCCAACGCGGCAUCAGCAAGGAAGGACAAGCUGCUGCAGUUCUCCCCCCGCCUCGAGGAUUCUUCAUCCUCCAGGUACCAGAACUUCAGCAAAGGAAGUAGACGCAGAUCAGAUGCAGCCUACAUACACCCCUUCGCCACGGACUAUUUCGAUUGUGGGCAGUUCCAGAAGCCCCCGGAAGAUGAUGAUGACACCAAUUCCUAUGAGAACGUGCUCAUCUGUGAGCCAAAGAAAACUGAAUCAGGGGACGAGGAGUCUGAGGGUUAUCAGAACUCAGCAUCCAUCCAGCAGUGGCGGGAGUCCAGGAGAGUCGUGGAGCCAGUCCCGAGGGAAGCGCCUCCCUACCCGGUGGGAAGCCCAGACGAGGACGAUGGGGAGCCCGAUUACGUGAACGGGGACGUGGCAGCCACCAAAGCCUAG